AUGGCCAUGGGUGGUUGUAAAGAUUUGACAAAGAUGAAGUUGAGGAGAAGGAGGAGACAGACGGCAGUUAGUCGGAAGAUGAAGAAAUUGCAACAGAUUAUUCCGGGCGGCGACGGGUUGAAGGCGGACGGACUUUUUCUGAGGACGGCGGAGCAUAUCUUGCAGUUGAAGUUGCAACUUAAUGCAUUGCAAGUUCUUACCAAGAUAUUCAAUGUCUAG